GCGGUCCAGAGCGGAAACUCGGUGGCGGCCCCCCACAAGCGGGCUAUUCGACCGUCUCUGACGCUGUAAUUGUUCAAAGUCCUGGAAUAGUCCAUCAUUCCAAGUGGCAAGGGUCGACUUUGAUCUACUUGACGUUGACUAAGAGCUACCGUUGCCCGCUUUGCGACAGCCAUUUUCACUCAGUAUUUGCCAUUUAUCACGGAGGACCAUAUUUCACAGCCGCGUCUCAUCAUAUACCUGUCCAUGAACCACCAUGUUUAAUCGCGGCAAUUUCUCCGUCCCGAACCCCUUUAGCGCUAGACCGGAAAGACGAGAUGGCUAUUCGAAUCCUGGACAGGGACAUCCAGUGUACCCUACAAGAGAUGCAUAUGGCAGUUCUGUGACCGGCUCAGGCGGUUAUGGAGCUCCCCAACCACCCCCGCGACCGAUGGCCCCUGCUAGAGCCCCUGUUGGAGGAAGACCAGAUGGAGGCCAAGUUUGGACGCUGCGCCCUGCCAAAAGCCCGGACAAUACCUAUACCUUUGGGAAUCUGGUUGCGGUUUCGACACAGGACUUCCCCCCCACAAGGGACGGUCUCGACAUUUUGCUCCUUAUAAAUGAUCUAUAUGUCUUAUCGGCACGGCCUCUUGAUGGCUUCCCACCUGGGCACAUUAGCAUGUCAGACCCCCAGCGGACGUGGGCAGGCGUGGCGUUCACGGAUACCGUCAAGGUACAGAUCUAUGAUCCUUUCAGCCAAGGCGGACAAGCCUAUCUCGGUUCCACAGAUAUAGAAGUUGGAUUUGCCGGGAAGAAGAGGGUUGAAACCCCGUAUGACCAAGAUGAUCUUGCAAAUGUCGUUAUUAAGAACUUUGAAAACCAAAUAUUUGCCCCCGGACAGAAGAUUCUGAUGGACCACAGAAGCAUUCCGCUUUUGCUGACGGUCAAGACGGUCCAACGGGUCGACUUGACCUCUGAAAAAGCCGAUCUUGCGACAGGACGGGUAGAAACAGACCCUGUUGCUCGUGGCAUUUUAACACGGCACACUCAGAUCAAUUUCUUCAAAGAUGCAAAAACUGGCAUUAACGUGAAAGCCUCGAAUCGUCGACCAGCGGCCAAUUCCAUCAUCCAACCAAACUUCAAAUUCGAAGAUAUGGGGAUAGGUGGUUUGGAUGCGGAAUUCAGUACAAUCUUCCGCCGUGCUUUUGCAUCCCGCAUCUUCCCUCCUGGACUAGUCGAAAAGCUGGGUAUUGCACACGUGAAGGGUAUCCUGCUUUAUGGACCUCCUGGAACGGGUAAGACCUUGAUUGCUCGGCAGAUUGGGAAGAUGUUGAAUGCACGGGAGCCAAAGAUCAUCAACGGUCCUGAGGUACUCAACAAGUACGUGGGACAGUCGGAAGAGAACAUUAGAAAGCUCUUCGCAGACGCCGAAAAGGAAUACAAGGAAAAGGGCGAGGAGAGCGGCCUUCAUAUCAUUAUCUUCGAUGAACUGGAUGCCGUGUGCAAGCAGCGUGGCAGUGGCGCUGCUGGCGGGACGGGUGUGGGCGACAGCGUAGUGAAUCAGCUUCUCUCGAAGCUUGAUGGUGUGGACCAGCUCAAUAACAUCCUGCUCAUUGGUAUGACCAACCGAAAGGACAUGAUUGAUGAAGCUUUACUGCGACCUGGGCGUCUUGAGGUACACAUGGAAAUCUCGCUUCCAGACGAGAAAGGCAGAGCGCAGAUCUUGAAAAUUCACACUCAAAAGAUGAGGGACAAUAACGUUAUGGAUCGAGAUGUUGACCUUGGCGAGCUAGCCGUAUUAACGAAGAACUUCUCGGGUGCAGAAAUUGCUGGCCUUGUGAAAUCGGCGUCGUCUUUCGCAUUUACGCGGCACGUCAAGGUUGGCACGAUGGCUGGGAUCAGCGAUGAUGUUGUCAAUAUGAAGGUUAAUCGGGCGGAUUUCCACCACGCGUUGGAAGAGGUACAGCCCGCAUUUGGUGUAUCCGAGGAGGAACUUUCAAGCCGUAUCCAGUACGGCAUCAUUCACUACUCCUCUGCGAUCAAGGACAUCCUCAGGGAAGGAGAGCUAUUCGUGAAACAAGUGGCUGAUUCGACCCCACUGUUCUCCGUCCUGCUACAUGGACCAACUGGCAGCGGCAAGACGGCCCUAGCGGCCCGAAUUGCCAUUGACUCCGGCUUCCCGUUCAUCAAGCUGGUGAGUCCGGAAGACAUGGUGGGCUACACCGAAAUCGCCAAGGUCCAGCACAUCAGCAAGAUCUUCGACGAUGCGUACAAGAGCCGUACGAGUGUUGUCGUAGUCGAUAACAUUGAACGCAUCAUCGAUUGGGUCCCGAUUGGCCCUCGAUUUAGCAACGCCGUUCUACAAACCCUAAUGGUCUUCCUUAGAAAACAACCUUCAAAGGGACGCCGACUUUUGAUCCUGGCCACUACGACCGAGCGUGCUAUCCUGAAACAGCUCGAUGUGUACAACUCAUUUAAUGCGGAUCUCAUGGUCCCCAACGUCAACACGUAUGAUGAGCUGAGGCACAUAUUACAGCAGUCUGGCGCCUUCAAUGCCAGUGAGAUUUCGGCAGCUCUUGAAGGAAUCGGCAGCUUUUUAGAUAAUAACGCGACGAUCGGUGUUGGUGUCAAGAAAGUUUUGCUGGGCAUUGAGACAGCGAAGCAAGACCCGGACAAGGUCGGACGGUUUGUUCGUGUUAUCAAUCGUGCCAUUGAUGAGGAACGUACCUUUGCAUAGAAAUACAGUAGUUGUGUAUAUAGAAUGAUACUUGGGUCUGGGAGGAAUCAAUCUAUGCUUGUAUGAUGUUAUCUAUAUUGUUACGACUGCGCAGUUGGGUAUGGACAUGGUGUCUUAGGUUUGUUUAUUGAUUGAUUAUUCAUUUGGCAUUAUCUCCUAUCCUCCAAUUUAGAUCAUAUCCUCGGUGGAAAUAUGCAGGAGCGCUUUUCUCAAUAUUUAGCAAUCUUGCCAAAUAUAAAAGGGUAUAAUAGC